AUGAUUGUUGUAUAUGGAAAACCAGUUAACACUUUAAAGGCAACCACUUUCCAAAAUACAGAUUGGAAUUCAUGUCUCAGUUUAUGCUAUUAUUCAACGCCGUGCUUAGUAGCCUGGCAGCACGGUGCAACAUGUUUCAAUUUCAAUUAUACUGCUACGGGACCGGUGACUAAACUUGAAAAUGGAUCAGUUGUUGCUUUCAAAGUUGACAAUCCUGGUGAUCAGUGUCCGAGUGGAACGAACCCACCGACUUUUAAUAAUAAUAACGCAACGGGAUCUCUAUAUGUGACUGACUUGACUGCUGCGAAUAAAGCCACUUGGGUUUAUUAUACAAUAUAUCUAGCUGGAAACACAUGGAACUUCACUUACACUUAUAACACAAGCUGUCCAAUUGAAUUUGUUUCGGUGAUACAUGCAGAUGGAAGUAUUGUUUGUUUUAAACAAUGGACUUCCAAUGAUCCGACAGGAUUCAGUUAUAAUCGAUCUGUGGAACUGUGUACCGGUAUCAAUGCCACAUUAGCCGGUAUUAGUUAUCCAGUUGAAUUGACUUAUAUCAAAAACACUUUGCAGUCAAUACGGAAUGAUAUGAAAAUUAACAAUACAUAUGUUCGGAUAGAUGGGAAGAGAACAGGCGGAUGUCAGAGUGAUCCAACGAGAGCCGCUUGUAAAACAGUCGAUGGUUUCAAAUUCUCCGAUCCUACUGUCAAAAGCCUCGCCCAAUAUGAUUGGAUUACUGAUCCGAGUGCUCAAGAAAAAGCAAACAAUAAUUGCAUUGUGCUGGUUGUGAAUGGUUCCAAGCCAAUACAAGCUGAUGUGAGAAGUUGUGACAUUGACUCUCCGCUGCAACCUCUGAUAGUGAUUUGUAAAAAGCCUGCAUGGAUUGGAUAA